GAGCGCAGCCGGGAAGGCAGCCGGGACCCGCGGGGCCCGUGCGGAGAGGCGCCCGCGCCCUUGCCCGCUUCCCGCUCUCCCCUUCUCCCCCGACCUCUGCCCUCUGCAUCUGCCCCCUGCUUCUGUCCUCACCGUCUCACACCCCCUCCGACCCCUCGCCCCCGCGCCGGCCGGUUCCCGGGUCUUCCUUCCCACUUGUCUCCCCUGGGUACCGGGGAGGCAGCCUGGACUGAACCCGCUCACUUCUCAGCCCCAGUCCCCCGUCCGCUCGCUCUCUCCUGCUUUUCCUCCCUUUCUCACAUCUUAGGGACUGUCCAGUGCCCACAAACCCCAGUCUGGCGCUGCCUCUGCCCGGAAUCUCGACUCUUCCUCUCCCAUUAACCCCACCCCCAACUUGGCACCCGGCUUUUCUCUUCACUUCUGUUCUUGCCUCUUCUGCUCUCCCUCCCCUCCCGGUUCCCCUCUAUCUUCCUCCUUAGUUCCACUAUCCUCCGUUCUUCUUCGUCUCUUUCCGCAUCACUUCCUCCCCCCAGCCCCCAUUCUCAGUCUCCGGGCCCCUCCGAAGCCUAGCCUUCCUGUUCCUGUCCCCCAGUGCUCUCUCGUUCACUUCCAGUGACCAUGACCGCUAUCCCAGAUUGGAAGCUACAGUUGCUAGCCCGGCGGCGGCAGGAGGAGGCAGCGGUUCGUGGCCGUGAGAAAGCGGAACGGGAUCGCCUGUCCCAGAUGCCAGCCUGGAAGCGGGGAAUCCUGGAACGACGCCGAGCCAAGUCAGGCCUGCCUCCUGGAGAGGCGAGCCCUGUGCCUGGGACUGCAGAGGCUGGACCUCCAGACCCAGACGAGUCCGCCGUCCUCCUGGAGGCUAUUGGACCAGUACAUCAGAACCGAUUCAUCCAACAGGAGCGACAGCGGCAGCAGCAGCAGCAGCAGCAGCAGCGGAAUGAAGGGCUCGCUGAUAAGAAGCCUGGGCCUCUGGAGGCCCUAGAACGGAGGUCAAGUCCCGGUAGUUUAAGAGAGCAGAGCCCCAAGGGAAGAGAGUCAAGAGAGGAGAGGCUGAGUCCCAGAGAGGCCAGAGAGAGGAGGCUGGUGAUAGGGGGAGCCCAAGAGUCAUGUUCCAGGACUUCGGAGACCCGAGACUGGAGGCAGAGCCCUGCGGAGGCCAGAGAUCUGAGUUCCAGAGCAGCAGAGGCCCAGAAAUGGAGGCUGAGCCCCGGAGAAACUCCAGAGGAGAGUCCGAGGUUAGCAAGUCCUGGAGAUCACAGUCCCAAGAGAAAAGAGGUAUUAGAAAGCCGACUGAGCCCCGGGGAGUCUGGCGACCAGAAGGCCUGCCCGACAGAGGCCCAUAGAUGGAAUCUUGACCCGAAAGAACCCCAGAAACAGAGCUCGAUACAGCUGGAGGCCGCAGAGUGGAGGCUGAACUCAAGAGAAGAGAAAAGAGACUACUUGGAGGAGUGCGGGAGAAAGGAAGAGAAACUGAGUCCAGGGAUUGUCCUAGACCAGUCUCCAGUGACAAAGGAGGUUCAAGACAACACCUCUAGAGAAGCGGAGACGGCCGAGCAGAGGCCCAGCCCUGUGGAGGAUGGAGACAGGAUCUCGAGGCCCACCGAAGGCUGGAAAUGGACCCUAAACUCGGGGAAGGCUCGAGAACGGACAUCUCGGGACACAGAGACUCGAACUCAGAAGCCAGAUGCCCCGGCGUCUUCAGAGAAGCACCUGGGGCCUUCUGGUGUGGAGGUUGGAGGCGAGGCUGAGAGGGAGGAGGCGGGGGCUCAGAGCAGGCCUCUGAGAGCCCAGCAGAACCUCUGCUCUGGGCCCUCCCCCCUCCCACCAGAGCAGGCCGGGGCUGGGACGGAAGGCCCCAGACAGCAGGAAGAGGAAGCAGCAGAACUCCGGCCCCCAACGCCAGCCCCUCUGUCUCCCCCACCCCCAGCCCCAGCUGCCCCUCAGCCCCCCGGGGACCCCCUCAUGAGCCGCCUGUUCUAUGGGGUGAAGGCAGGACCGGGGGUGGGGGCCCCCCGCCGCAGCGGACACACCUUCACUGUCAACCCACGGAGGUGUGUGCCCCCGGCCAGCCCAGCCCCUCCAGCCUCCCCUGCCACCGCUGAUGAUGCUGCGGGGCCUGGACCCGGGAAGAAGCGGUACCCAACCGCCGAGGAGAUCUUGGUGCUGGGGGGCUACCUCCGUCUCAGCCGCAGCUGUCUGGUCAAGGGGUCCCCUGAAAGACAUCACAAACAGCUCAAGAUCUCCUUCAGUGAGACGGCCCUGGAGACCACAUACCAAUACCCUUCCGAGAGCUCGGUACUGGAAGAUCUUGGCCCGGAGCCUGAGGCCCCCAGUGCUCCCAGCCCCUUGGCAACCCAUCCUGACGACGACGACGAGGAGGAGGAAGAGGAGGAGUUGCUACUGCAGCCAGGGCUCCAGGGCGGGCUGCGCACCAAAGCCCUAAUCGUGGAUGAGUCCUGCCGGCGGUGACCAUCUUCCAAUUUGGGCACGUACCUCCCUCCUUCCCAUACCUGGAGAUCCUGCAGUCUGGACGAUUCAGAGCCGACGGACCCUAGCAAGGAGCCUGGCAGGGAAGGGCAAUGGGCAUAUUCCGACUUGCUUUUCUCAUCCCAUUUCUGGGGCAGAGCCAGUAGCCUAAAUUUACCCCUAACCCAAGGUCCCCCGUGGGUGUAGUCACGUGGACUGGAGCAUCCUUGGCGAGCUAAGAGUGAGCGACACAGGAUUCACCUGGAGUUGAGGUAGAUGGAGCACCUCCAGCCCCAGGACAGGGAGCACCUCCAGCCCCAUGGCAGGGUACACUGUCCCCACAGCCUCCUUUGACUUCCCGCCACUCCCGGGGACACUCAGGAUUUAAGCACUCACCUCCCUGGGAGGUCUAGAUCCCACUCCAUCCACAAGCUUCCUUUUCCUAGGUAACUGCCCCUUUGUUUACAGCUUCCUCCUCCUCUCUUGAACACAGCCUGGUUUACAAACCCACCAGCUCCCAGGUCCGCCUGCCAGAGUCCCAGGUUUACAAGCUAGGCCUAACUCACAGCCUUCCUGAGGAAUCCUCCACCCUCCAUUUGUUAUUAUUGAGAGUGACCUGGGGAGGUAUAUGGCUUUCCUCCACUUUGCUCAGUAUUACUGUGCCUCAGUUUCCCCCGAGAGGGAAAGCUGGGGAUCCUAACUCUUGAACCCCAUGAGAAUUAUUUAAUUCUGUUCCCCCACGUGGUUCACAUUGAAUUGAAUUGCAGUGUGGGGGGGACAAAGGGAGGCGCCUCACCCCUCCCCGUUUGCUCCUUUGCCAAUUGCCUGAUUUGUUUCAUUUUGUAACUUUCCGUAAUAAAAUGGAGCUCUUUUCAACUCUU